CCGACGCGAUGUCAACCUCGCGCGCGCCUCGCACGGAUCGGCUCGCGGCUCGUACAUGUACAUGCAUGUCAACCCCUUCGUGCUCCGCAAUAUAUAGUAACGCUAAGCUCGUGUUGGUUGCUGGGACUAGCUAGACAUGGCGAUGGGGAAGAAUGGGUUGCUGGGGUGGCUGUGCGUCGUCGUGCCGGGGCGGCGGCGGCGGCGGCGAGGGGCGCGGCUGGUGCUGUGGGGAGGGGAGAGGCGGGCGGCGGCGGCCGGGAGGAUGGCCGGGGAGGUGAUGAUGGAGCACGCGGGGCGCCUCGUGGUGUGCCGCGCCGACGGGUUCUGCCUCGGCCGCGCGGCCCCCGUGCUCGCCAUCGAGGACCGCCUCGACGCUUGCGCCACCUACCUCGUCCUCCCCGUCGACCGCCUCCCCCAGGGCCGCGACGUCGUCACCGCCGCCUCGCUCGCCGCGCUCACCUACGACAGGGCCGCCGGCGCCCCGCUGCUGGCCGGUGGCGCGAAGAGCCCGUUCGAGUACGUCAAGGACGACGGCGGACGGACGGUGAUCAAGGUCACGGAGGAGUUCAUCGUCAAGGCCGUCACGGGGAGGCGGCCACCGGCUGGCGGCGGCGGCGAGGGGGAGGACGCGCAUGGGGCGGCGGCGCUGUGCAGCACGCCGGAGCUGAGGAAGCACUACGAGCAGCUGGUGGGCGCGGCGAGGGGGCGGCCGUGGUCGCCGCGGCUGGAGACGAUCAAGGAGCGGAAUGGGCGGCGGAGGGUGGUCGACGUCGUCGUCAGCCCCACCGGCAGGCUGUCUCCGGUGAGGUUGCUCGGGUUGGACAAGGGAAUCAAGUAGACAUGCAUGAAAAUUUUCGUCUAAUCCUCUCUUCUAAUUGGCUGCUGCUAGUUUUGCUUUGAAGAUUGAAGCGAUUUUUGGUUGGAAAUUUGGAUUAGAUGUACAUAUGUUUUGGAUGGGUAUCUCUUGUUUGUUUCUACAAGAAUUUUGUACAUCCAGACCGAUCUCUGUUUGUAAGUAAGGUAAAUGAUUUACCGUCAAAUGGCAAACAGAUUGCAUGAACUAGCACGUCUUGUGUACAUCUUCUGACAAUAUAUGCUAAUUGACAUGAGCUGAAGUUGUUACAAAAUUUGAAUUUAUCUUA